AUGAUGACCGCUGUGGAGAGCCACAUGACCUACAGCAACUCCUACACCAUCGAGAAUGAGCAGGUGUACAUGACCCAGGAGGACGACUGGGACCGGGACCUGCUGCUGGACCCGGCCUGGGAGAAGCAGCAGAGGAAGACCUUCACAGCCUGGUGUAACUCCCACCUGAGGAAGGCCGGGACACAGAUCGAGAACAUUGAAGAUGAUUUCAGAAAUGGCCUCAAACUCAUGCUGCUGCUGGAGGUCAUAUCAGGCGAGCGGCUGCCCAAACCCGACAAGGGCAAGAUGCGUUUCCAUAAGAUCGCCAACGUGAACAAAGCUCUGGACUUCAUCUGCAGCAAGGGAGUGAAGCUGGUGUCCAUCGGAGCUGAGGAGAUCGUGGACGGUAAUGGGAAGAUGACCCUGGGUAUGAUCUGGACCAUCAUCCUGCGUUUUGCCAUCCAGGACAUCUCCGUGGAAGAGACCUCUGCUAAGGAGGGUCUGCUGCUGUGGUGCCAGAGGAAGACUGCCCCCUACAGGAACGUCAACGUGCAGAACUUCCACAUCAGUUGGAAGGAUGGCCUGGCUCUGUGCGCCCUCAUCCACAGACACAGACCUGACCUCAUCGAUUACUCCAAACUGAGAAAGGACGACCCCAUUGGAAACCUGAACACCGCCUUCGAGGUGGCUGAGAAGUUCCUGGACAUCCCCAAGAUGCUGGACGCUGAAGAUAUUGUGAACACACCCAAACCCGAUGAGAAGGCCAUCAUGACCUACGUGUCCUGCUUCUACCACGCCUUCGCUGGAGCUGAGCAGGCUGAGACCGCCGCCAACCGCAUCUGCAAAGUUCUGGCCGUGAACCAGGAGAACGAGAAACUGAUGGAGGAGUACGAGAAGCUGGCGAGUGAGCUGCUGGAGUGGAUCCGCCGCACCAUCCCCUGGCUGGAGAACCGCCUGACGGAGCAGACCAUGCGCGCCAUGCAGCAGAAGCUGGAGGACUUCCGUGACUACCGACGCAUCCACAAGCCGCCGCGCGUGCAGGAGAAGUGUCAGCUGGAGAUCAACUUCAACACGCUGCAGACCAAGCUGCGGCUCAGCAACCGGCCGGCCUUCAUGCCCUCCGAGGGCAAGAUGGUGUCGGACAUCGCCAACGCCUGGAAGGGUCUGGAGCAGGUGGAGAAGGGCUACGAGGAGUGGCUGCUGACGGAGAUCCGGCGCCUGGAGAGACUCGACCACCUGGCGGAGAAGUUCAAGCAGAAGUGUGCGAUGCACGAGUCCUGGACCGGAGGUAAGGAGGACCUGUUGUCCCAGAAGGAUUACGAGUCAGCUUCUCUGAUGGAGAUCCGAGCUCUCAUGAGGAAGCACGAGGCGUUCGAGAGCGACCUCGCCGCUCACCAGGACCGGGUGGAGCAGAUCGCCGCCAUCGCCCAGGAGCUGAAUGAGCUGGAUUACCACGACGCUGCCACAGUCAACGGCCGCUGCCAGGGAAUCUGUGACCAGUGGGACAACCUGGGGACCCUGACCCAGAAGAGGAGGGACGCACUGGAGCGUGUGGAGAAGCUGUGGGAGACCAUUGACCAGCUGUACCUGGAGUUCGCCAAGAGGGCGGCGCCCUUCAACAACUGGAUGGACGGAGCCAUGGAGGACCUGCAGGACAUGUUCAUCGUCCACAGCAUCGAGGAGAUCCAGAGUCUGAUCACCGCUCACGACCAGUUCAAGGCCACGCUGCCCGAGGCCGACAAGGAGCGCAUGGCCACCAUGGGAAUCCACAACGAGAUCCUGAAGAUCGCCCAGACCUACGGCAUCAAGCUGUCCGGGAUCAACCCCUACACCAACCUCACCCCCCCGGACAUCAGCACCAAGUGGGACACCGUCAAGCACCUGGUGCCCCUCAGAGACCAAAUGCUCCAGGAGGAGGUGACCAGGCAGCAGGCCAACGAGAGGCUGAGGCGCCAGUUCGCUGCCCAGGCCAACAUCAUCGGGCCCUGGAUCCAAACCAACAUGGAGGAGAUCAGCCACGUGUCCGUGGACAUCGCCGGCUCGCUGGAGGAACAGAUGAACAGCCUGAAACAAUACGAGCAGAACAUCAUCAACUACAAGUCCAACAUCGACAAGCUGGAGGGCGACCACCAGCUGAGCCAGGAGUCGCUCAUCUUCGACAACAAGCACACCAACUACACCAUGGAGCACAUCCGCGUGGGCUGGGAGCAGCUGCUCACCACCAUCGCCAGAACCAUCAACGAGGUGGAGAACCAGAUCCUGACCCGCGACGCCAAGGGCAUCAGCCAGGAGCAGCUCAACGAGUUCAGAGCGUCCUUCAACCACUUCGACAGGAAGAGAAACGGGAUGAUGGACCCGGACGACUUCCGCGCCUGCCUCAUCUCCAUGGGUUACGAUCUGGGUGAGGUGGAGUUUGCUCGCAUCAUGACCCUGGUUGACCCCAACAACACGGGCGUGGUGACCUUCCAGGCCUUCAUCGACUUCAUGACCCGCGAGACGGCCGAGACCGACACGGCCGAGCAGGUCAUGGCGUCCUUCAAGAUCCUGGCCUCGGACAAGAACUACAUCACGGUGGAGGAGCUCCGUCGGGAGCUUCCUCUGGAGCAGGCCGAGUACUGCAUCAGCAGGAUGACCCGCUACAUGGCGGUGGACAGCCCGACCGGCGCCCUGGACUACAUCUCCUUCUCCAGCGCCCUCUACGAGAGAGCGACUUAUUCUUCACAGCAGGGGGCGCUGCUGCUCACCAACAGUUACACGUGUUUCGAGCACAGUAAAACAAAGGUCAGAGGUCAUGUGGUUCACUGCUGA